GAUUUUUUCCUUAAUUGCAGCAGAUUCUGUCGGAUUUUGCAAUUGUUCAGCAGUAGUACAACAAAAUUCUUGUGCCACCAAACCUAGACAAAUAUAGUAUGAAAUGAAAUUUUCUUGAUAACUUUGUGUAUUGGCAUUGGAACUAAAAAUAUAAUCAUGUUGAUUAAGGAAUAUAAGAUUCCGAUGCCACUCAGUGUACAGGAGUAUAGGAUUGCUCAACUUUAUAUGAUACAAAAAAAAAGUCGAGAAGAAAGUCAAGGCACUGAAAGCGGGGUUGAAAUUAUUCAAAAUAAACCUUACAGUGAUGGCCCUGGUGGGGACGGUCAAUAUACACAGAAGAUCUAUCACAUAAGCAAACACAUACCAGGCUGGCUUGUUGCUAUAUUACCUAAGGAUGCAUUGAUAGUAGAAGAAGAAGCUUGGAAUGCUUAUCCAUACACAAGGACACGUUACACUUGCCCGUUCAUUGAGAAAUUCUCAAUCGAUAUUGAAACUCGUUAUUUUGAUGAUACAGGAGAGCAGGAAAAUGUGUUUGAUCUUCCAAAUAGUGGUUUAAGAAGUAGAAGUGUGGAUGAAAUAGACAUAGUGAAUGAACAAUCCAGUGAUUACAAGAAAGAGGAAGACCCUCGUCACUAUGUUUCCAAAGCAACAGGAAGAGGUCCCUUGUCUGAUGAUUGGAUAACGAAUGCUAAAAAGUGCCCGCCUGAAAAACGAGGAAAUUUCAUGUGUGCAUAUAAGCAAUGCAAGGUGGAGUUCAAAUACUGGGGAAUGCAAUCAAAAAUAGAGAAAUUUAUUCAUGACACAGGCUUACGGAAAGUGAUGCUACGAGCUCACAAGCAAGCGUGGUGUUGGCAAGAUGAGUGGUACGGACUAACCAUUGAUGAUAUACGGAAACUUGAAAAAGAAACUCAACUUGCACUUCAACUUAAGUUUGGUACCAAUCCAGAUAUGGAAGAUACGGAAAAUACAUUAACAGAUGGUGAAAAUAAAGUUCAAAAUAAUGAAGACAAUAUUUCAUCAAAUUCAGUUACUUUAAGAAACACAACAAGGAGAAAAGUUUUGCACAAACAAUCAUCCAAUAUCUCUUCCCAUUCGGUGCAGAGUAAUCGUCUCGAUGUCCCGAAUAAUAUGCAAGAGAUUGAAGGAAUACGAAGAUAUAGUUCCGAUAUUUCUUCUGAUGAGGAAGAAUUCUUUGAUGCUCAAGAUGAGAUUAUGAAUGAGGAAUCGUUCAGAUCAUUAUCAACCUGCAGAUGGGGAAGUUCAAUUGAAAACCUCGCUGAAGCUUCAACUGGAGAUUCUCCGAGAUCGCUGCUUCGUGACAACAGUUUGGAUCAUGAAAUACUCGGUGAAACUUCAUAUUCUCCCUCGCCCUGUAAAGUGAGUGUCCUCUUAUUAGUAUUACAUGGAGGAAAUGGCCUGGAAGCUUCAAACCAAGGUCUACAUUCUUCCAAACAGAGUGACGUGCAUACUUUACAAAGUACUUUAGAAGUGGUUAUGAAGUCACAUUAUAAAUCAGCAUUGGGACAUCUUGCUGUACGUCUCGUAUCUUGCCCCGUUAUAUGCAACGAGGCUUACCAUCUCUUGCAAAGUUUGAAUCCAUCAAGUCAUGACAACAAUAUCUCGAACAAGCACACAAUCUCAAGUUCGUUGUUAUCUUUAUUUGGAACUUCUACCCCAAGAUAUAAAGAAAUAAUUCGUCUCCUGUCAUGCUCAUGCAACUUCGUUUACAAUAACUUUAUUUUAAGCCAGGAAGGCAAAGGCUUCAAUGGACAGGUUUGUAUUAUAAGUGACACCAUUGGCAGUGUAUUGGCAUAUGACUUGCUUUGUAACUUCGCUGCUACAGAAGCCACAAGCAGACGUGGAAGUUCAUUAAGUUAUCAUGAGGAAGAAGACGACCACAGUUAUAUUGCCAUGUCGGGGCCACCCUCCUCACCCAGCUUACGGGUUUCGGGGCCCCAGAAGUGGGACAUACCCCAAUCUAACCCUAUUAUGCUAAAUCGGCGUGGUUCGGCACUGCCAAGCUUGGGUGGCGACUCAAAAACUCUUGAUACUUUUGCUGCUUGCGCAAAAACCAACAUGCUUAUGACGCCAACAGCAUCGCUUACAUACAGAAGAAUGAGUGAUAACAAUUGCCUUGACAAUCAGUCUCCGCUAAGCUACCAGCGCUCGGUAUCGCAUUUGGGAAACUCCCUGCCCCGCCAGUCACCCCCACGUCAGGCAUCGGAACCAAUCGAACCCCAAAUCACCGGCCAAACAAAACUUGAGUUUGAAGUCUCAGAUUUCUUCAUGUUAGGCUCCCCCCUUGGCUUGGUGCUGGCUAUGCGACAAUUCAGUGAAACCCACGACAAUAAGAUUUCUAUGGCCAACACUAAUGUGUUACGACCAAACUGCCGACAUGUUUACAACCUCUUCUACUCUGCUGAUCCUUCUUCUGCAAGAAUUGAACCUUUGCUUGAUUCAAGAUUUUCUCAACAUUCUCCUGCCAAUGUAUCCAAGUAUCAUCUCUUCCCACUUGGUGAUGGACAAUCUAAUACAUUAAGUGAUAUAUUAUUGACGAGUCCCGAGUUCAUGGGGUCAAUCGAUACGGGUCGUCGAUCAAGCGAAUGGAGCAUCGGUUCCGCUUCACUGGAUCCUCAGUUAUCUGGCAAUCUCGCUAAAAGACACGCUGUGCAUGACUCAUCAUUUAUUAUUGAUGAUGAUGCAGUUUUCAAACUUGAACCCCUUAAAGAUGGCAACAACAAAGUUGCUAACCAUUGGUGGGGAGACAAGAGAGUUGAUUUUUCUCUCUUCUGUCCUGAAGUCCUCUCAGGAUUUCCUUCUGCUUCUCUUCCGUAUCUCUUCCACUCAAGCUUCUGGGAGUCACUGGAUGUGGCUGCAUUUCUUUUACGUCAGAUAUUUCAAUACGAUAACUCACAUUAUCAGAUGAACAACAAAACUGAGAUUCAAUUUAGUCAAACAUUUCCAACUGAGAAGUGGUUAAGAAAGAGAACUAAUGUCAAAUUAAGAAAUUUAACAGCCAAUCACAGAUGCCGGGACAGCGUCGCGCUUGAGAACACACCGCAAGUGCUUGUGGGUAGAUUCAUGUACGGACCUCUUGAUAUGGUGACGCUGACUGGAGAGAAAAUAGACAUUUAUAUUCUUACACCACCACCAUCAUCUGAGUGGGUUUACAUGGACACUGAGAUAUGCACGGGACAUGGGAAGGUUACGUACACAAUACCAGAUUCAAAAUCAUUAACACAAGGUCUAUACCCAGUCAAGAUGAUUGUCAGAGGUGACCACACAUCAGCAGACAGCAACUUAGCUGUCCUACCACAGAACACAGAGUGUGUUAUAUUCAGCAUAGAUGGUUCGUUCACUGCAAGUGUUUCAAUCAUGGGUUCCGACCCAAAAGUUCGUCCUGGAGCCGUGGAUGUGGUCAGAUUGUGGCAAGAUCUUGGCUACCUUAUCAUCUAUGUUACUGGUCGUCCAGACAUGCAGAAGCACAGGGUGGUCACUUGGUUGUCUCAGCAUAACUUUCCUCAUGGGAUGGUUUGGUUUGGAGAUGGGAUUUCAAAAGAUCCACUCAAACAAAAGACGAUAUUGCUAAAAAAUUUAAAAGCAGAUAAUAAACUUAUAUAUGCUGCUGGUUACGGGUCAAGCAAAGAUAUUGCUGUUUAUUCCCAACUCGGUAUCGAACCUGACAGAAUAUUCAUUGUUGGAAAAGUUUCCAAGAAACAAGCAAACCAAUCAACUUGGCUUAAUGGAGGAUACUCGGUGCAUCUGGAUAAGCUUUCUGUUGGUGGAUUGAAACCUGGUAAAGUAAAUGCACAGAUGUUGCUAAAAAAUGAUUGUUUUGGGUUGCCGGGGCAACCAAUAAAUAAGCGCAGCCACUCGAUGAAGAGGAGGACAGGAACUCGAUAGUCGGUUCGAGCAUGAGUGAUUUUCAUUAUCAUCACAUUUACUUAUUUCUAUUUUUUAUUAUACAAAAAACCAACCACUUCCAAACUUCGUUGCUAUAAUUCAUAUAAUGCUUUAGUUUAGUUUCUUUACAGUUGGAAAAAUUGACAGAUUUUUAACAAAUUGGAACAGAUCACCUGUCAUCUUAAGAGUUUAGCUAAUGUUAAAUCACUAAUUUUACAUCAGUGUUUAUUAUUUGUUUUAUUUUUACAGAGAAUUCUAAUUUGUAAAAGACUGUAUGAACUAAAGAAUCAUUUAAAGUUUUAUUGUUUGUUCAUGACUGAGUGACAUAGUAUUACCUUCCCAAGACAGUCUCACUGUUCACUGCAAAAUCUUUUUAUUUACAUUUUAAAGGAGAUUGACUCGUCUAAAUUCUUUACCUUUUACAUACAAAAUUCUACUGUUAAAAGAAUUUCAGGUUUGAUUUGUAUUUUAUUUACUAAACAUUGCUAACUAAGUAAUUGCACAAAUCUUCAAGCUUGAAAGACGAGUUCCAUUGCACGUUUCGUUACUGAUGUCCCUAGCUGUGUUCAUUCACCGCACAGUUUUUAGAAAUCCGCUAUUGCUUCAUGCCUAUUAAAACGUUUUUGUGACCUUUAAUAUAUUUUAAAUGGUUAACAGAUCUAUUAUGUGAAACAACCGCUGUUUUGGUUUAUCAUCAAAGUGAUUAUUCUAAAUUGUUUCCUUGUUAUUACACAACUCGUUAAUGAUUUAUAGUGCAGACAGUCAUUCACACUCGUGCAAAUGUAUUGUAUUUGAAAUGGUAUUAACUGUAUUUAGCACUUGCUUCUGCAUCGUGGAAUUGUUUGUAAGUAACGUACUGGCUUAUUUCAUCAGAAGGCCGUGCAAUAAAUUCCUUUUUUUUAUUUCUUUGUUGUGUAACUGUACAGAUUUCAUGCCAUAUGAUAUUCAUUAUCAAUAAAUAUUUUAUUAUUUAUUUA